AUGUUCGAUCAAGUGGACGAUGUGUCACGGCGCGAAAAAUGCUUUACUACCAUAUCUUCAUUACCGGCAUACGUUGAGCCAAAGCAGAUCCCAAAGCGACCACCCUUUUCUACAAUCCAGAAUCAUCCACUUCUACAUUCUGUCGAACUCAUCCUACCGAAGGAAACCUAUGACAAGAUCAAACCGUCACUCGCCAAAUUAAAUAAGCCCCGGUAUGCACGGGUCUUCAUGCCGCCUUCUUCUCUGCUGGAGCAUGAGUUUUUCAAUACAUACAUCAAGUCAGGGAAUAUCUUGAUGAUCUCCGAAGGGUCCUCUGGAUCAGACAAUGUCUUCACACUUCGCGAUGGCAUCUUGCGGAUGGAACUUGGAAAGGAGAUUUAUGAGCGAACCGGCCUCACAGGCAAAGUCAUCCGCAGCGGAGGCAGGAAGCAUGCCAAAGAGAGAUAUUUGGUGGAAUUGAAUUUGCGACUGCCAUCGAUGCUGCAUGGCAAGAAAGGGUUCGAAAGAAUCGUUUGGGCCUUUUCCAAUGUCCUGACUCAAUCAGUGGCCUGGCUGUUCCAUGACCUGGAAGAUACCACUUUAAAGGAAGGGGCUGAGAACAAGCCUAUUCACCAGCUUCAGCCACAGCUUUUGACAUGUGAGGCUGAGGAGGUCAACCAUAAGGCAGUCGUCAUGCCUCACUUCCACGAGAAGGUGGAGGAUAUGACGGAAGGGGAAGCCCAAGAAUACUGUGGCAAUUUGGCGGAAUGGCUUGCUCUGAUUCAAAUGGGUUCUCCCCGGGUUCAAGAAGAUGAUAUCGACCCGUACCUGAGUCGAUAUGCGGUUCCAGACGCAGAAGAAACUCCAGCUGAUCUCGUGAGCUUAAAAUGGCGUGGAUUGAUAUCCAGCCAAUGGGUCACCGAGUUGUUCUUGCUGGCCCAAACCCGACAGUGGUUCGCACUUGCCGCAUCGAGUUUAGGGAAGGAAGCCGUGGAAGGAAAGGAUGGGCUGACGGUGCUGAAGGAAGGCACGAACGUCAUCUGCUGGGAAAACGUGGGAGCUUCGAUAGUGCAAUAG